AUGUCACUACCAAAAACGACGACUGCUUGGAUCCUUGAAGGCAAAGAUGCCGAAAAGGGAUGGGAUAACCUUCAGCUUAAGAAAGACCAAAAGAUCCCAGAGUUGGGAGAGCACGAUGUUCUCGUCCAGAUUCAAGCAGUGUCACUGAACUACAGAGACCUUGCCAUUCCCAAGGGUAUGUAUCCACUGCCCCUUGAUCUCCCCAGGGUCGCGUGCUCCGACGGGGCAGGCAACGUGCUGGCGGUGGGGAAGAAGGCGACACAGUUCACCGUUGGCGACAAGGUCGUGACACAAUUCAACCAAGGCCAUCAAGCCGGCCCCGUAACCUCCGCUGCACUCGCUACAGGACUCGGUGGCGCUCUGGACGGAACUCUCCGCCAGUAUGCGGUCUUCCCCGAAUCUGGACUUGCACUCGCGCCAUCAAACCUCACACCAACAGAGGCUGGAACAUUGACCUGCGCCGCCCUGACGGCAUGGAAUGCACUAUAUGGUCUCGAGUCCAAGGCGCUCAAACCUGGAAAUACUGUUCUCACACAAGGUACUGGAGGCGUAUCGCUCGCCGCGAUUCAAUUCGCAAAAGCCGCUGGCGCCACUGUGAUCGCGACAACCUCUUCGGAUGAGAAGGCAAAGCGACUGGAGAGUCUUGGCGCAGAUGUCGUUCUGAAUUACAAGAAGGAUACCAAUUGGGGCGAAACAGCAAAAAGGCUGUCACCGGGAAAGAUGGGUGUCGACCACAUAGUUGAGGUCGGUGGUCCAGGCACCAUGAGCCAAUCGUUACAAGCCAUCAAACUCGAAGGCGUAAUUUCAGUGAUCGGGUUCCUCGGAGGUCCGAAAUCAGAAGAUGAACCCAGUACGCUGGCGGCAUUAUCAUCUGGCUGCAUUAUCCGUGGUGUUCUGAUCGGGUCCAAAGCGCAACUCAUCGACAUGAAUCGUGCCAUCGAUGCGAACAAUAUCCACCCUAUUGUGGACGAGAGGAAGUUUGGCUUCGAUGACGUGCAUGAGGCCUACCAAUAUCAAUGGGAACAGAAGAAUUUCGGCAAAGUUGUGAUUCAUCUUGGAAGGCUCGAAUAA